CCUCAGCUCCGAGGCGCCCUGUCCGCAGGUCUCGGCGAUCUGGCUUUAGGUUCUUUGUAAGGCCGUUUCUUUUCUCAUUCGCUCAUCUGCCAGGAAAAGACUCGCUGUUGGCGCUUCGGCCUCUUGUUCAUUGAGAAAAAAAGAGGAAAUACUCCGCGUGCGCUCCUAGAAGGGGGGUCGUCUCAAGCCCCGAAUCCCGGAGUGUUCAGCGGCGGGGGGGACUUGGCUCCGAAUUUUCCUCUCGGUUUUUCUCCGAUUCCUCGGAAGCUGGACUGAAGCAGAGUUUUGGAAGAAGGAAAAAAGUUUGCAUCGGGACUGGAUUUAUUUGCACAUCGCAGAAAGAAGAGAAUCCGAGGGAGAGAGGAGUGCAGAUGUGUUCUAAGCCUGCUGGAGUGACCACACUUCCAAGGCCUGAUGGAGACCAGAGCUCAGAGUGGUAACGGGUCGCAGCCUUUGCUGCAGGCACCCCGAGACAGUGGCAGGCAGCGUGGGGAGCCCGACCCCAGAGACGCCCUCACCCAGCAGGUACACGUGCUGUCUUUGGAUCAGAUCAGAGCCAUCCGAAACACCAAUGAGUAUACAGAGGGGCCUACUGUGGUCCCCAGACCCGGGCUCAAGUCUGCUCCUCGCCCCUCCACCCAGCACAAACAUGAGAGACUCCACGGCCUGCCUGAGCACCGACAGCCUCCCAGGCUGCAGCACUCGCAAGUCCACUCGUCUCUGCGUGCUCCAUUGUCCAGGUCCAUCAGCACAGUCAGCUCAGGGUCGCGCGGCAGCACAAGGACAAGUACCAGCAGCAGCUCCUCUGAACAGAGACUUUUGGGAUCAUCUUUCUCCUCGGGGCCACUUAUUGAUGGGAUAAUCCGAGUGCAGCCCAAAUCUGAGCUCAAACCAGGUGAGCUGAAGCCUCUGAGCAAGGAAGAUUUGGCCCUGCACGCCUACAGGUGUGAGGACUGUGGCAAGUGCAAAUGUAAGGAGUGCACCUACCCGAGGCCCCUGCCAUCAGACUGGAUCUGCGACAAGCAGUGCCUUUGCUCGGCCCAGAACGUGAUUGACUAUGGGACUUGUGUGUGCUGUGUGAAAGGUCUCUUCUAUCACUGUUCUAAUGAUGACGAGGACAACUGCGCUGACAACCCGUGUUCUUGCAGCCAGUCUCACUGCUGUACUCGGUGGUCGGCCAUGGGUGUUAUGUCCCUCUUUUUGCCUUGUUUAUGGUGUUACCUUCCAGCCAAGGGUUGCCUUAAAUUGUGCCAGGGUUGUUAUGAUCGGGUCAACAGGCCUGGAUGUCGUUGUAAAAAUUCCAAUACAGUUUGCUGCAAAGUUCCCACUGUCCCCCCCAGGAACUUUGAAAAACCAACAUAGCAUUAUUAAUCCGGAAUAUUACAGUAAUAAGGAUUGUUCCUUUUUUCAUUUUCUUUUUUUUUUUUAACACACAGAUGCAACCAACUAAACAAUUGUAAUCUUGGCGCUGUUAAUAGAGGGUUGGGAUAUUCUUUGCUGU